AGCGCAUGCGGAUAAGAGCAUGUACCAACCACCGAGUGACCAUUGAUCUUUUCUCCGCCUCCUACAACAGCAGUAAUGCGUUAGAUAUUCACGGUAACAAAUGUUUGGUUGUGAAUUGCUAAUGGGAAUCGCUUGACCCAAGCAAAAUGAGUACUGGAAACGUUGGUAUGGAAGGUUUAAUUCCCAUAGUAAAUAAACUACAGGAUGCAUUUACUAAUCUUGGAGUCAAUUUGUCUCUUGAUUUGCCACAGAUAGCAGUCAUCGGGGGUCAGAGCGCAGGCAAAAGUAGUGUUUUGGAAAAUUUCGUUGGAAGGGAUUUUCUUCCACGAGGUUCUGGAAUUGUUACAAGACGACCUCUAGUAUUACAACUAAUUAAUUCUAACCAAGAACUUGGAGAGUUUCUUCAUGCUAGAGGUAAAAAAUUUACAGACUUUGAAGCGAUCCGGAAAGAAAUCGAAGAGGAAACGGACCGAAUGACUGGUUCUAAUAAAGGGAUUUCUAAUGCUCCUAUAAAUUUACGAGUAUAUUCUCCUAAUGUUCUGAAUUUGACCCUCAUAGAUUUGCCAGGUAUGACAAGGGUGCCAGUUGGGGAUCAACCAGCUGAUAUUGAACAACAAAUUAGAGAUAUGCUUCUAACGUACAUCAAGCGGGAAACUUGUCUGAUUUUGGCUGUGACUGCAGCUAAUCAAGAUUUAGCUACAUCAGAUGCAUUGAAGCUUGCAAAAGAAGUUGAUCCUGAAGGCUUACGUACAAUUGGUGUCAUUACUAAAUUGGAUCUGAUGGAUGAGGGAACUGAUGCAAAAGAUAUUUUAGAAAAUAAAUUACUUCCCUUAAGAAGAGGUUAUAUAGGUGUUGUGAAUCGUAGCCAACGUGAUAUUGAAGGGAAAAAAGAUAUUAGAGCUGCUCUUGAAGCUGAAAGAAAAUUCUUUUUAGGUCACCCAAGUUAUAGGCAUAUGGCAGAUCGUAUGGGGACACCACAUCUUCAACAGGUUUUGAAUCAGCAAUUGACUAAUCACAUAAGAGAUACCCUACCUGCUUUGCGAGAUAAGAUGCAGCGGCAAAUGUUGUCCAUGGAGAAAGACGUUGAGGAGUAUAAACAUUUUCAUCCAGAUGAUCCUUCCCGAAAAACAAAAGCUAUGUUACAAAUGAUUCAACAACUGCAGACAGAUUUUGAACGAAAUAUUGAGGGUUCUGGUAGUGCAUCUAUCAACACUAGUGAGCUGUCUGGUGGUGCUAGAAUUAAUCGAUUAUUUCAUGAAAGAUUUCCUUUUGAAUUAGUGAAGAUGGAGUUUGAUGAAAAAGAAUUAAGAAGAGAGAUUGCUUUUGCCAUUAGAAACAUUCAUGGCAUAAGAGUUGGCCUUUUUACCCCUGACAUGGCUUUUGAAGCCAUUGUAAAAAAGCAAAUUGCAAAACUAAAGGAACCAGCUUUGAAAUGUGUUGAUCUUGUCGUUACUGAAUUGGGAAAUGUUGUGAGAAAGUGCACAGAAAAGAUGAAUAGGUAUCCACGCUUGAGAGAAGAAACAGAGAGAAUCAUUACAUGUUUCAUCAGAGAGCGAGAGCAGAAGACAAAAGAGCAGCUUAUCUUAUUAGUUGAGGUGGAAUUGGCUUAUAUGAACACCAAUCAUGAAGAUUUUAUUGGCUUUACCAAUAACUUUUCCAGUGCUCAACAAACUGCCGAAGCUAAUACUGGCAAAAGAAAACUUGGUAAUCAAGUUAUACGCAAAGGGUGGAUGUGUAUUCACAACUUAGGAAUAAUGAAAGGUGGUUCUCGAGACUAUUGGUUCGUGCUUACUUCAGAAACAUUGUCAUGGUUUAAAGAUGAGGAGGAAAAAGAAAAGAAAUAUAUGCUGCAGCUUGAUGGCUUACAAGUGAAAGAUAUUGAAUCCGGAUUCAUGUCAAAACGUCAUACUUUUGCCUUAUUUAAUCCAGAAAAUAGCAGAAAUGUCUACAAGGAUUAUAAGCAGUUGGAGUUAUCAUGUGAAAGUUUAGAAGAGGUGGAUAGUUGGAAGGCUUCUUUACUUCGAGCUGGGGUAUACCCUGAAAGAACCACUUCCGAAGUCACUAACGGAGAUGAAGGUGCUUCUGAAGGGACCACUUCCAUGGAUCCCCAGUUGGAAAGACAAGUUGAAACUAUUCGCAACCUUGUAGAUUCUUACAUGAAAAUCAUUACCAAAACAUUCCGUGAUCUCGUACCAAAAAUUCUUAUGCAUUUGACGAUUAAUGCUGCAAAAGAUUUUAUUUAUUCGGAGUUGCUUGCUAGUCUAUAUUCUGCCGGUGAUCAGAGUUCAUUAAUGGAAGAGUCAGCUGAAGAAGCUCACAAGAGAGAAGAACUGUUAAGAAUGUACCAUGCCUGUAAAGAAGCCUUAAAUAUUAUAGGAGAUGUUUCUAUGCACACUUCAUAUUCUCCGAUGCCACCCCCAGUCAAAGAUGAUUGGCUGAAGGUGUCCACCCCAGAUUCUCCUAGACCUUCUUCGCCUUCUCCCGGUGGUAGUCGGAGAAAUCCCACAGGUGGGCGAGCACCUCCACCUCCUCCACUCAGUAAUCGUCAACCACCAGGACCUCCGGCAGGGGCCAAUCGGAUGAAUCCCCCUUCAGCACCUCCUCGACCUGGAGGCGGAAGUUUGCCUCCACCUAUCCUACCAUCGCGGCCUGUCCCACUCAUCCCACCACGCAUUCCUGACCGGCCACUCAGCUCACACGCCAAGCCAAAUUAAAAAUAACCCUCAGUGAUAGUUUUAUUUCUUAUUGUCCAACUGCGACCCUCUUUUAGUUUGCUGUAUAGGUAAUAUAUUUUCAAGUGAAUUUGGACUAAAUCUGAAGUUCCUAGAAAUCUUUUCAGUAGAUGAUUUUUGAAGUCAGAAACUCAGUUUUAUGAAGCAUAAAAUACUUCUUUUUCUCACACUUAUUAAGUUUGAAUUAUUCAUUUUAACUCAUGUUAUAAAUAAAUAUUAUUGGUAAUUGCAUAUCAAUUUUGAUAGCAUUAGACCAAUACAGGUUGUUAUAAACUGUUACAGUUUCAAAAUAGUGUCCUGUGAGAUCUGUAAUUUUGUUGUUUCAUUUUAUGUUGGAUGUGCCAAAAGAGAAAAAUACGUUUUUUUUAAUUGAAAUGUUGGAUGAUUAAAAGCAAUAUAGGGUUUUCCAUAACUAUACUUAAAAUUUAAUUUUAGUUGCAUCAUGACUUAAACUUACAUCAUAUUUUAUAAUUUUUUAUAUAUAUAUAUAUAUAAAAGAAAAAUACUUUUUCUUGUAAUUAAAUAUAUUCACAGCUUAUAUAUAUUUCAUUAACUUAAUUUACCUAAAAUACUUUACUUUUAUAAUACACUUUGUAUUAGAAUACACGUUAUUAAACAUAAUGUGUAUUUUGACUCAAAAUGUCAUUUUAGUAAAAAUAGUUAUGAACCAUGUUUAAUGAUUUUUUUUUUCAAAAUUAAGUUGCAUCGCAUGACUUAAUCUAUAUAUUUUAUAAAAUAUAUAUUUCAUUAACCAUUCAAACAGUUGUUUUACUUUUAACUGCCCCAAUAUGCUUUUUUUUUUAAUUGCACUUCAUAUUAAAAGGCACAUUAUUAAAAGUAAUAGUGUGUAUUUUGACUCUUGAGUGUCAUUAGUAAAAAUAGUUAUAAAUCACUUGAUUAUUUAUUACUUCACUUUUUGUUACAUGUGCUAUAUAUUUAUUUAAAUAUAAUUUAUCACAUUUAAAAAUUAAACUUGUACCUAUUUCUUGUGUAAUAUAGCUUCAUUUAUAAUUAUUCAAAAUAAUUUAUGUUAAAAACUUUUUUUUUUUACUAUUUGAUUAAUUCAAAAAUUUUAAAAUUUGCCCCUUAACAAAUGGAAUAUUUAAGAGCAGCUAUGCAUACUCUAUUAAUUAAAAAGAUUUUGUCAUUGUAGUACCAAAACGCAUAUUAUUUUAAAUAUUCAAUUCAGAUACUUUUUUAAUUGAAAAUAUUAAUUAAUGCUAAAUGAUUAUAAUUAGCUCUCAGUUUUUUAGACAUAUUGCAAUGUUUUUAUGUAUGUGUUUGAUGUGUUUACAAUCACUUUUUUUCCACAUUACUCCUAGUCAUAAAAUAAACUUAUUCAUUCAUACUUAUUUUUUGUCAUUGUCAUCUUUAAAAUUCAGUAAAUAUUAAUUCAUUUUAUGCUGAAACAAUCAAAUUAGUAUCGGCUUUUAGGUCCAUUUCUGCUUAACUUUAAUUACUAUUUUGUAAAAAAAAAAAACUUUUAUAAGAAAUAAUGUAAUAAUUUUUAACUGCUUUUUUAUAGUUACGUUAGAUUUAAAUCAUCAAUGGAAUCUUUUCUGCACUUUAUUUAAUUUAUUGCAAAGUUGCUUGUAUUAAGAUGUAAACAUUCCAUUGUUGUUUUUCUAAGCUGAAAAGAUUUUGUUAAUUUAUUAUUUAUUGAUAGCAAUUCUAAUGCCGUGUUCUGGAGUAAUGCAUGACUUUUUAUGCUUAUUUAUUUAAUUUUGAUAUUGUUAUGAAUUAAGUGUUUUUUGUUGAUUGUUAGAAAUUUGUUACUUGUUAUUAUGUGAUUUGCCAUUUGAUUGCUGUAUUUCUUAAAAAUGCUUUAUUUUUUAUGAUGUAUACAAUUUUGGACAUGAAAUUGUGCUUGUGAAAAUGUUUACUCUUUUUUUUUUGUACAUUUUGAAGUAAAAUAUUAUUUUAAGCAGUUACUAUUAAGUUCGACUGAACUAGACCUCUUUCUCUAAAAGUGGAAUCUGAAAAAAAAUUUCUAGUCUAUUAGCUAAGGAUGAAACUUUAUUUUGUAAGUAAUUAUUAAUAUUCGUUACAAAAUAUUCAAUAAAAUAAAAAUUUAUUCAGAACUACUUAAGUUUGAAAAACUUAUAUAUUAUAUAAAACUUAUAUCAAGCUUAGUUGACAAAAUUAAUAGAUUUCUUUAUCAAAAUAAAAAUUAAGUGCACUAACUUCUCUGCAUGUUCAUGAUUAACUUUUUAUUAAUAAAAAAAUGAAUUAAUUUAAAUUAAAACUGUAUUGUUAACUUUACUUAUACCUGCUUCACCCUUUUUGAUACUCAAUAUAUUUCUCUUUCGGAAUGUUUAUAAGUUUAAAUAAAUUAAUUUAAUUAACUUUUUUAAUUCAAUUUAAUUUUUAAGUAAACAGAAGUCUAAGGAAAUAACAUAUAGAAUUCUUAAUCCAUUCCAUCUUUUUUAUUAUAAAGAAAAUAAGGUUGCAGGUAAACCUUUCUUUCUUUAGAUGUAUAUUUUUCUAUUAGAAUAUUGAAUUUUAUAUUUUUACAUUUUACACCUUUUAAUAGCAAUUGUAUAAUUUGUUGCUUUCUCUUGCGUUGCUGCAAUCAAUUAUUUCUUCCCUCCUCCUGCAGGCCAGCUAUCAUACAAGUAUCGUUCUGUACAGAAAUUUAUAAACAAUAAGAUAUAUACAAAAAUGUAUACAUAAUCAAUGUGCUAGCCUGUUGAAUGUAUUAUUUUAAAAUGUGUGUGCAAUAAAUUAUUUUACAGUUCUUGUUUGUUAUUAAAAGAAUGUAACCAAAAAUUAUUAAAAUUAAAUUGUAAAUACCUUAAA